CUCUCUCUCUCUCUCCUAGCAUUUGUAAAAGGAAUCGGGGUUGCUAUAUUGCACUCUUGCGACAACUUCUACAUCUGAAUUUCCGAUCACAGAUCUCAACUCUCUCCUCCUUUGCCUUUCUCAUCCGACAAAUUCGGCCAAAGAUUUCAAGAUUUUCAGUCCAUUAGGGAAGAGGUAUAUAGCGCGCAGUAGUAGUAAUCAUACAAUGGCUGGAGGAAGCGAAGAACGUUCGUUGGAGGACACGCCGACCUGGACCGUGGCAGUGGUCUGCUUUGUGCUGGUUUUGGUAUCAAUCGUCAUUGAGCAUCUCAUUCACCUCAUUGGCUCGUGGUUAAGAAAAAGACACAAGAGAUCUCUAUAUGAAGCCCUCGAAAAGAUCAAGGAAGAGCUUAUGCUGCUAGGGUUCAUAUCACUGCUCCUAACAGUAACCCAAGAUCGUAUUGCUGGAAUAUGUAUUCCGAAGAGCGUCGGAAACUCUUGGCAUCCGUGUGACAGAUAUCAUUCCAAAGAAUAUUACGGAGAUAAAUGCUCAGCCAAGGAUAAAGUGCAAUUUGUAUCUGCAUACGGAAUCCACCAACUCCAUAUAUUCAUCUUUGUACUAGCCCUUUUUCAUGUGCUCUACUGCAUCAUCACCUUAGGCUUGGGAACACUUAAGAUGAGAAAAUGGAAGACAUGGGAGGAUGAAACAAAGACUCUUGAGUACCAGUACCAAAAUGAUCCGGAGAGGUUUAGGUUUGCAAGGGAGACAUCAUUCGGGCGUAGGCAUUUGGAUUUUUGGAGUCACUCACCAAUUCUACUUUGGAUAGUUUGUUUCUUCAGACAGUUCUUUACGUCAGUUACCAAAAUCGAUUACCUAACCCUGAGACAUGGCUUUGUCACUGCACAUUUGGCACCUCAGAGUGAAAUGGAUUUUGACUUUCAAAAAUACAUCAGCAGAUCACUUGAAGAAGAUUUCAAAGUUGUCGUGGGAAUAAGUCCGAUUAUAUGGCUCUUUGCAGUGUUGUUCCUUCUAACCAAUACCCAUGGAUGGUAUUCAUAUUUCUGGCUUCCAUUUAUCCCUCUAAUUAUACUCCUAGUCGUGGGGGCGAAAUUACAAGUGAUCAUAACAAAAAUGGGUCUGAGGAUUCAAGAGAGGGGAGAUGUGGUUAAAGGUGCACCGGUGGUUCAGCCAGGGGAUGAUCUGUUCUGGUUCAACCGCCCUCGUCUAAUCCUCUUUCUGAUUCACAUUGUUCUCUUUACGAAUGCCUUUCAAAUUGCCUUCUUUAUGUGGAGUUGGUAUACAUUUGGUUUCCGGUCUUGCUUUCACAAUCGACUUGAAGAUAUAAUCAUCAGGCUCUCAAUGGGGCUCAUCAUACAGGUUUUAUGCAGCUAUGUGACUCUUCCUCUCUAUGCCUUAAUGACACAGAUGGGGUCUACCAUGAAACCCGCCAUCUUCAAAGAACAAGUGCCAUCUUCAAAGAACAGCCGCCAACCGAAGACCGCCACAUGGACGCCGUUCUCGAGCCGGCCCGGAACCCCACUCCACGGCAUGUCCCCUGUUCAUCUCUUAAACGGCUACAAAGACAGCUCCGCCGUUGAUAACAGCCGUCAAAGAUCGCUGAGAAAAUCCGAUGCUGACAUGAUCGAAGAGUGGGACCCUGAAAUCGCAAUCCGCAAUCAUGAUGAUGGGGAGGAGUCUAGAAUGAGUAGAUGGAAUGAUCAAGUGAGAGAUCAGAUUGGAGAAAUUGGAUCGACGCAGAGGCCAAAUUCGGUGUUGCACGCCCCCGUGGGUGGCGGUCCACGGGAAGUUCGCAUUAGUUUGGGUAAUUUCUCGUUCGGGCAAAAUCGCGAUCGUAAAUAGAAUUUCUCUUUUCAUGUAAAAGAAAAUAUUGUACUAGUAGUAAUUUUUUUAUUCAGAAAUCUUGUAUACACGUAGAGUAAAGU